CGCAACUAACACACCUAGAAAACAAUAAAAAGAAGAAGAAUUGAUUGGAAAAUACGCGAAGAAAAAUAAAUAAUUCGUGAAAAACCGGAAAAUUCUGCAAUCCUUACGCAAUAUUGUGAAAUAUUAAUGUUUAAGGAUAUUCCCAAAGAUCAGUGAAGGAAGAAAGAUUCAAAAAGAGACUCAAGAACUACAAGAAAUUGCUUGAAAAAGUUGGGCGUCAUGGGAGGCCGAAAGUGCGUUGUUUCCGGAUGCCCUUCCCAUUCGGCCCGGAAGGAGGACCGCGGGGUGACUUUCCACAAAUUCCCCCAUAAUCCAAAGUAUCGUAUUCAGUGGUUGAACAUGUGCAAAAUGGACCCUGCGCUGCUCCCACCCAAGAGUAUGAAUGUGUGCUCCCGGCACUUCCGUCAGGUUGACUUCCAGACCUUCAAGGGAACCAAGUGCCUCCUCAAAGUUGGUUCCUUCCCGACAAUCUUUCCGUGGGGCGUUACACCAAACCCACCGGCAGAGGGGGAGCAGAAGAAGGGCAAAAACGAAGGGGGAACCUCAAAGGGGGCAGAGGUGAAGCCAGCAGAUGGUCAGAACAAGGCGAAAAAGGCCACAAAGAGAUCUGCAAGUAUGGAGCAGGUGAACAAGCAGCCCCAGAGGAAGAUUCUCAGAAAGGCUUCUGAUUCCGGUGUCGUGAAGGAGGAAAAGUUGCCGGAGGCACCACAAAAGAAGUUUGAUCCAGUAGCAUGCUUCACACCGGGUAAGAGGAUUGAAGCGCAGGACUUUAACAAUGUCUGGCAUUCUGCGAUGGUGAUGGAAGUGGAUAAUGCCGAUCGAGAAGUUCUUGUUCAUCUUGAGAUAAAAGAUCCUGAACAAUCCACUGGGAUUGUUGAUGAGUGGAUCCCUAUGGAUAGUAGCCGCUUGAGACCGUUGCAGGUGAAAAGUGAAGCUGAUAAGCAGAAACCCAUCGUUACCUUCAUAAUUGGCGAGAAAGUUCAUGCCCGCUGGAAUGAUGCUCGAAAGUUCAGGGCCACUGUUACGAAGGUCCUCGAAAAUAACACAUAUGAAAUUCUCUUUGAUGAUGGAAUAUCCAAAGUGGUCACCACAAAAGAAAUAUGGAAGAUUCGUCCAACAGUGACCAAUUUGUUUGGCAAAAAUCGCCCCAGACCCAAGAAGAGGCCAAAAUUGGGCAAAGUACGUAUCCCAUCGCGAUACUAUAGAAAGAAAGCAAGCUCAUCGAAUGAGAAUGAGUGGUACUGCCACUGGGUUGAUGACCAACCAGUUGGCAAGGAGAGCUUCAUUGAGAGUGCUACAGAUGCACGCAAAAGUUCAACAAUUGUGGAAGAUACGAGACUCCCAGAGGGCUGGCAGAAGCACAUUGUCUCACGAUUUUCAGGAGCAACAAAAUGGGAUGUAGUACUGGUGGAUCCACAGGGGAAGAAGUUUCGCAACAAGCAAGAACUUAAACUUCAUCUGGAAGAGACGAAGGAGCAUCAGUAUGAUCCAAAUGUUUUUGAUUUUGGGAUUCACAAAAAGCGCGCCAGAUUAAUGAAAGCCUACACUUUCACGGAGGAAUACAAAGCAAAGUUUGCUGAAUUGGCAAAAGCUCAGCAAUUGGCAGCUCUUGAGGCAAAGGCGGCAACUCUCGGGAAGGUGGAUGCAACAGUUGCAGCUGUUGUUGGGGAACAAAUAAUCGGUGAGGGAUUUGUUCUGGUUGAUGGGCUAAAGGUGCAGAUUAUUGAGAAUUUACUGAGAUGCCCCAAGGAGGGAUGCUAUAAGAAUUUCCGCAAAGAGAAUCUCUUGAAAAUUCACAUUAAACACUACCACGAAGAGAUUGCAAGGCAGCUUUCGGCACCACCGACAAUGACUGAUCUUGCGUAUCAGAGAACUGUUUGUCAGGCCAUUGAGGAGCCAUUUGUGGGGAAAUCCCCUCUAGCGGGUCAAGAUGCGGGAACACCGCGCCCCACGAGGAAAUCAGGCGGAAGUUCAAGUAGCGCUAAAGCAGAUGCGCGUGUGAAGGUUGAAGGUGGUGGCUACAUGCGACAAGGAAGUGAAAUGCAGGCGGAUAUUGUGAAGAUUGAACCAGAGAGUGUCCUAUCGAAGGAUGGCGAGGAGCCGCGUCGAAAGUACAGUCUUCUUGAGGAAGCACUCAACUCCAAGACAAUCCUGGAGAAAGAGAAGAAUCUCAAGUCGCCCCUAUCGGAUCAUUCACACGACAUGGAGUACUCAAUGGAUCCAGAGAUGCUCAUAAAGACACACGCAGUGAGUAGACCACAAGUUAUGAAGCGCAAAAAGGGGCAUACAAAGUUCCGGGGCGUGUCAGCAUCGACGGGAUACCGCAAGAGUAUUGUGAAGCGGAAGAUGAUGCUGAAGAAUCGCAUGAUGGUGGAAGCAAUGGUGGAUUCCGAUGAAACUCGACACUCCUUCAGUGCCGACAGUAUUUCCCAUCGAUCACAGAAAGCUCUCGAUGAUGCUCAUGAGACAACAAAUAGCCAGACCACAACAACAGAGCACAGUCAGAGUCCGCAGUACAUCAAUGAGGGUGGGGAGUUGAUAAAGAUUGUCCGGAUGCGCCAGGAAGAGAUCAUUAAUUGUCUCUGCUCCUUCUCCGAGGAAGAUGGGCUCAUGAUUCAGUGCGAGUUGUGCCUGUGCUGGCAGCAUGGGAUCUGCAAUGGGAUUGAGAAGGAGAGUCAAGUGCCGGAUAAGUACAUUUGCUACAUUUGUCGCAAUCCCACACGAGGGCGAGAAUCCAUGAAGUACAUUCACGAUCAGGAUUGGCUGUACGAUGGCAAAUUGCCCACAACUUACUACCACACUCAGAAUCCCAACCUCCCAGAUCGCUUUGACACCCUCAAGUCCAGUCAUACACUCACGGGGAAUUUGCUGGAGCUCAAAAAAUUCAUGCACAGCUUGAAGGUGAAGAUUAACAUUGCGGAGAACAAGGAUCACCCAAAGAUGUAUUUGUGGUCGAAGAAAUGGGAAUCAAGCCCUCCGCCAACGGAAUCCGCCAGUCAGGAGUCGAUUAAGAGUGAGGACAUCAAGAAGGAGGGAGAAGCGAAGAAGAUAAAAUCCGAACCGAAUACCCCAACGGCUUCUCCGCAGAAGACGAGCAAUGUGCAGCAGCCGAAAAUCCCCGAGCCGGAAGCUGCUAUUGAUUCAAAGGAGUGUCAACUUCGGCUCUUGGAUCACAUUCAGAAAAUGCAAAGUUUGGCUAUGAUGCGUCUUCAGACCAUCGAUGAGGAGAUUUCAGCUUUGGAGGAAGCUGAUAAAUCUUUCGCACGAAUGGAAUCAGUGGAUAAUUGUCCAAAAAUGAAACAAACAAUCCGGAUGUUGCUUACAGAUUUGAAGACACUCCACAAAAUUGCCAAGAUUCAAGGGUAAAUUUAUCUAUAUAGCCUCUUUAUUAUUAUGUAGAUAACAUAACAUUUCCGCCGUAUUGCCGGUAAAAAGGACGAAAAGAUGGAUUUCAAGAAUUUGACUUGCAAAUUAACCAUUAUUGUAAGUUCGCAUACAAAUAAAUGUAAUACAAGAUGUAUAAAAUAUACAUUUUAUUGAUGAGAA